AUGCCAGCAUCCAACCCCUCCACCUCCCCAGACGCCACGCCUCUGACCCUCCGCUUCAUCGAUCCCGCUGACCCAGCGCCAAAGAAGAAAAAGGCUCACAGGAAGAGCAGAGGAGGCUGCAUACCAUGCAAAAGGAGGAAGUGCGACGAAUCAGCCCCCUGCGCGAACUGCAUCCGCCGCAACGAACCAUGCACACGCCCGCAAAAGUCCUCCGCCCCAGAGACGACGUCGUCCUCAUCGCCCGCCGCCGCCGCCGCCGUCGGCACGGGACCGGCACGGCCGGUAGACGCCUCGGGACCCGUGAACCUCCUCCACAUGCAGCUCCUCCACCACUUCCAGCAUGCGACGAUCCCCACCCUCUGCUUCGCCGACGUCUGGGCGUCUGUCCUUCCGCUGGCCUUCCGGGCAGAGUACCUCAUGACGGCCAUCCUCGCCGUCUCGGCGCGGCACCUCAGCACUCUCAGACCAGAAGACGCCGUCUACGGGGAAGCGAGCCUGGCUCUCUUGUCCCGCAGCUGCGCGCUCUUUGGCGCCGAACUCGGCCGUGACGACGGGGCUGGGGGAGGGUACGACUCUCUCUUCUUCACGGCGCAGCUUAUACACUAUCUCACGUGGUGUAAUUUAGAAUUCGUCGAUGGCUCUGACAAUACCGACACCACUCUAGACCAGUCCCGGGACCAACUCUUCCUUCUCAGCUCCGGCGUGAGGAUCUUCCUCUUCGGGACUCGGGCGCAGGGCCAAGACAGCAUCUUUGCCAAGGCAUGGCAGGACGCCCCGUGCGACGCUCUCGACAAGAUCGUAGCGGAACAGGGCAUGGAUCGCGGCCGGAUCCAGAGAGCCUUUCUAGAUCGAUACGAUGAGAUGACACCCAGAGGCCAAGGCACCACCCCGGAGCACCACAGCAACGCGGACCGUCAACGCGCCGCCUUCACCGGCAUCGUGGAGCGGCUGUCCGUCAUAAUGGCCCUCUGGCAACACCGCAGCACGAAUCCCCAGCCCCCCGCGACGCCCGACCUCGAGCGGUACGUCCUCGCCUUCCCGCUGUUUUGCUUCGGCCCGUUCCUCGACAUGAUUGUCGCAAAUGACCCGAGGGCGCUGCUUGUAUUGUACCACUUUUAUGAGACCUCGCGAUUGCUUCUCGGGGAGGACGACGAGGAACCCACGUGGUGGGCGUGUGACAGACUCAGUGCCAUGCCAAAGAUGCUUGAGCAGGAGUUGCGUAGGAAGGGUAUACAGCCUGUGGUGAUGUGA